GCGCAUGCGCGGGCGGCAGGCGGCGUGCGUGCGCGUGCGCAAAGGCCCCUUGGAGUGCGCGCCCUGUGCGACCCGCGCGUCCUCGGCAUGGGGCUCUUGGUGCCGGCGCUGUGGCUCCUGUCGGUGCCUUGGCUCGGGCUAGGAAAUGCACAGGCAACGAGCAUGGUCCAGCUGCCUGGUGGGAAGUUCCUGAUGGGAACAGAUGCUCCGGAUGGCAGAGAUGGAGAAGGGCCCAUCCGUGAGGUGACAGUAAAACCCUUUGCCAUCGACAUAUUUCCUGUCACCAAUCAAGAUUUCAGGGAGUUUGUCAGGGAGAAGAAGUAUCGGACAGAGGCCGAAAUGUUCGGGUGGAGCUUUGUCUUUGAGGACUUUGUCUCCAGUGAGCUAAGAAACAAAGCAACCCAGCAAAUGAAGCCUGUUCUCUGGUGGCUUCCAGUGGAAAAGGCAUUUUGGAGGCAGCCUGCAGGUCCUGGCUCUGGCAUCCGAGAGAGACUGGAGCUCCCCGUGGUACACGUGAGCUGGAACGACGCCCGGGCCUACUGUGCCUGGCGGGGGAAGCGGCUGCCCACCGAGGAAGAGUGGGAGUUUGCUGCCCGAGGGGGCUUGAAGGGUCAGGUCUACCCAUGGGGGAACCGGUUCCAGCCAAACCGUACCAACCUGUGGCAGGGAACAUUCCCCAAGGGUGACAGAGCUGAGGAUGGCUUCCACGGAGUCUCGCCAGUGAAUGCCUUUCCCCCACAGAAUAGCUACGGGAUCUAUGACCUCAUGGGCAAUGUGUGGGAGUGGACCGCAUCACCCUACCGGGCCGCUGGCCAGGACAUGCGUGUUCUCCGGGGUGCAUCCUGGAUCGACACCAUUGAUGGUUCUGCCAACCACCGGGCCCGGGUCACCACUAGGAUGGGCAACACUCCGGACUCUGCCUCAGACAACCUGGGCUUCCGCUGUGCUUCAGGAGCAGGCCGCCUGCCCGGGGAGCUGUGAGUUGCUGGCAACAGGGGCAGGAGAAAAGUUCACCUGAGACCCAGGUCAUUCCCUGGCCAUAUUCCAAACUCAGCUGACCCUAAGCUCUUAAACUGCAGCUUCGGGGACACCCUCCCCUGCCUGCCCAUCUUCCACAGCAGGCGUUUCCCAAGGCAUGGUGGGCUCUCCCUCUGAGAACUGCCCCUGUCUCAGGGAAGGAGCCUGACUGCAGUGACUGGGAGCUGGGUGUCCCCUGGAGGCCAAGCAUUGACCAUACAGGGCCAGAUAGGAAAACUGUUGGAACAGAGGGCUCCAAAGUGCAGUUCCCAAAACAUUUGUAAAUCUGUUACCUUCCCUUUCUCCCUGAUUGAGAAAUCUGACAUUUCCUCAACACAAAAUUUUCUAAGGCAGCUGUUUUCCCAGCAGAUUUUUGUAGAAGGAAAAUGCUUCCUUUAUCUGCCUCAUCUAUAGUGUUUCUUGCUCCUUUCAAGGAACUAUCUGUAAAAAUGCAAUGGGUUAGGCGGGGUUUGUGACUCAGUGGUAGAGCACUUGCCUACCAUGUGGGUUCGAUUCUCAGCACCACAUGUAAAUAAAUGAAUAAAAUAAAGGUCCAUCAACAUCUAAAAAAAAUUUUUUUAAUGCAACGGGCUUCAUACACACACACACACACACACACACUCACACACUCACACUCAGAACCUACAGGUGCUCUACCACCGAGAUACACCAGCCCUUUUUAUUUUUUAUUUUGAGACAGGAUUUCGGUAAGUUACCCAGACUGGCCUUGAACUUUACAAGUGUGCUGCCAUGCUGGGCCCAGUGUCAAUCUUAAAUAAUUUACCAGGAAGUUGUGCAUUGUGGCAGUCACAAAGCAAAUAAUCCAGAAGCUUUCCCUUCUGAUGUUUUUUGUUGUUGUUGUUUUGUUUUUUGGUACCAGGGAUUGUACUCAGGGACACUUGACCACCGAGCCAUAUCCCCUUUUUUGUAUUUUAUUUAGAGACAGAGUUUCAUUGAGUUGCUUGAAGCCUUGCUUCUUCUUGAAGCUGGCUUUGAACUCAUGAUUCUCCUGCCUCAGCUUCCUGAGCUGCCUGCCACUGUGCUGGCUCUCUUCUGAUGUUAAUUAUAUGUCUUACUUGUAUAGGAGCUUCUGAUGCCUCUAAAAACAUCCCUAGCAAAAAACCUGCUCCAUGUCAUCAGAUGUCACCACAUCAAUAAACUUGCAAUUGUGUAUCUCA